UUUUCACAUUUCAUAAACCAAACUAAUACAAAAAAAAAAAUAAUAAUUUAAUAUAAAUUAUGCAGUGCCUCGAUUCGGAUAACAAUGACUCUCAGUAUAAUAAAUUCACCAAUAAGAUAGCUGAAGAAUGCCGCGAGCUUGUCGAUUCUAAGCCACCAUUUCCGCCAUUUGAUAGGCCUAGUCGAAAGCCACCAACGCUUGACACUUUUUGCAACCACAAAAUAAAUAUUCAAUACAAAUACCAAGCAAACGGCAAAGACGGAAACCCACAGCCAUGUGGAUUGUGUAUAAAGAUAGAUGACAAUGGCAAAAAGCAAGUGCCUUGUCCGCCUUGUAUAAAAAAGGAGAUGACACGCGAAGAGAAGUUAGCAGAAGCCAUUAAGUGUAUUUCAAGUCCUCUUCCUAGAUGGUUUAACGAACAGAAGCGUUGCGACCCUAAGGGCGUUUGUUGCCGUAUGUUAGGGCCACGCUCGUGUGCUGAACCGGAAUUGUCUUCCAAAAUCGAUAAAUUCGCUAUAAGUUACCCGCCAAAUAAACAAGCUUUACGCACCGAGCUGCAUAAAAACCCCAGUUGUAAGCCGAACUUUCGUUGUCAAGGCACUGUAAACGAUGGUAAUUAUCAUACAUUCAAGCCAAACUAUAGAGAUCGACCUCUGACUGAAAAGUUCUAUUCCAUUUAUGAACAUUUGGAACACAUAGACACACCAGAGGUUAAACAUUAUGAAGACGAAUUAGAUAAAGUUAUAAAUUAUUAUCCCAGAAAUAUUUUUUGUGUUCCACGAUACACAAACCAAUAUUAUGGCUGGAUCGAUAGCAAGAAAACCCAAAAUUUGGAAUUUUGCGACACAAGUCGGGUGAAUAAUCCAAGAGUGCUACAAAAUUUAAGGUCGCUAAAGAACAGGCGUUUCGACCCUGUUCAAUUACAAUAUUGCCUUUGCCAUGAUAGGAUGAAACAAAUGGAUCAUUGGAAAAUAGUUUAAACAAAAAUGCAAAAAAAAAUUAAAAGAAGUAAAUUUUUAUUGUAAUUACAGCCAAACAAGAAAAAUAAACUUAAAAAAAUAUUUUUUUAAGUUUACAAUUGUAAACAUUA